AAAUAAAGUUGGUUGACUGCACAUAAACUGAGUAUCUCUAUCUCUCUAAAUAUAUAUAUAUAUAAGCAUACACUCACAGAUCAGACCAUCACUCGGUGUUACGGCACAACAUAAUGAGAAAAAAGAAAAUAAGUCUUUUUUUUUACGAAAAUACGGCUGAAGAUUUGAUGAACUAGGUUUGCAUUAAAGUUUAUUGCUAAGGUUCUGUGAAAUCAGUGGAAUUGCUUGACUAGACAUAUAGUUUUGUGGUGACAAUGAGAUGGUAUUGUGGAAUUCAGUAUAUUUAAGGAACUUUACCAGAUUUUGAAGAAAGAAAACUGGUAUUAUGAAGAAUAGAUUACAAGUAACACAUCUAUAACAUCUUGAGGAAGUUGCAUUAAUGUUUGAAUUAAGAUUAUAAGCACAUUGUGAUAGAGAUAUGUAACAUGAUCGAGCUAAAUCAGAAUCUAGUUGCUACACAGAUACAAAUUUUGUCUUUUGUAUACCAGUAAAAAAACAUUUAUAUAGUUUAAUCCUUUAUUAAAGAAAGUUUUUUUGGUUUUUCAUACAAGUUAAAAAGCUUAAAUGUUUUAAAAUGAAUAGUUAAGUAAUUAUCAAAAACAAAUUUUGUUCUUGCAUAAUGAUGUCCAGAAAGAUAAGAAAUUUUAUCAGGGCAUAAUCUCUUGUAAAACUUUAUCCUACAUCAGUAAUUUGACCAAGCAUAAAUGUAUCUAUACUGGUGAAAAGUUAUACUGUUUUGAUAUUUGUGGAAGAGUGUCCUCUCAGCAAAGUCAUUUGACUACACACAAAUAUAUUCAUUUAUGUGAGAAACCAUAUCAAUGCAAUAUCUGUGGAAAAAUAUUUGCUGCAUUUGAUAAAUUAAUGUUUGGCUAUGAAAAUGGUAUUUGUGGUAAGCAUAUUUUAGAAUAUCCAUUAAAUAGACACAAUCCUAUUUACACAAGUGAAAAGCCAUGCUAUUUUAAUACUUGUAGGAAAACAUUCUUUUGAAGAGGUAACAUGACUAAUCACAGAGGUGCUCAGGGUAGUGAGAAUCCAUACUCUUGUGAUAUCUGUGGGAAAACAUUCUCUGGCAGUAGUGCAUUAACUAGACACAUACGCAUACACACUGGUGAUAACCCAUACCACUGUGAUAUCUGUGGUAAAAGAUUCUGUGUCAGUAAUAGAUUAACUCAGCACAUCCGCAUGCACACUGGUGAGAAACCAUACCACUGUGAUAUUUGUGGAAAAAGAUUCUCUGGCAAGAGUAAUUUAUCUAGACACAUACGCAUGCACACAGGUGACAAUCCAUACCACUGUGAAAUCUGUGGUAAAACCUUCUCGGUGAAUACUCAUCUAACUCAACAUGUACGCAUACACACUGGUGAGAAACCAUAUCACUGUGAUAUAUGUGAUAAAACAUUCACUCAGAAUGGUCAUUUAAUUCAACAUGUACGUAUUCACACAGGUGAAAAUCCAUUUCACUGUGAUACCUGUGGUAAAUCCUUCUCUCAGAAAGGUCAUUUAACACUCCAUGUACGUGGUCACACAGGUGAAAGACCAUACACUUGUGAUAUUUGUGGUAAAUCAUAUGCUGACAAUCAGAAUUUAAAUCGUCACAAACCUGUUCACACAGGUGUAAAACCAUAUCAUUGUGAUAUUUGUGGUAAAACUUACUCUGAGAGUAGGAGUUUGACUAAUCAUAAAAAAAAGGCACAUGGACAGCAAGCAAUAAAAGAAUUAAUCUGAAGAAGUUUUAUGAACUGUUACCUCAUGAAGACAAAAGGGAAUUUCUAUGGGACAGAUAAUACAAAGGAAUUUUUUGGAAAAUGGACAAAUAUAAACUGGAGAUUUUCUUUUUUCUCACACAUUCUACAUGAUGAUAGAACUGAAGCAUGGAAGGUAAUUGUAAAUAAGAAGCAGUGCAUAGUGUUAUAAUAAAAGAAUCUCUCCACUA